GUCACGUGAUGAAUGGCGACCCUUGCAUAGCAACAAAUAAACUAUACAGAACUGAAAAGAGAAAUUCUUCGUUACAUUACUUUAUUUUGAGUCAAAAAUGAGUUCUAGUGGCGAAGAAGAAGAGGUUGGUCCAUCUGUUGAUUCAAAUGAUAAGGAGGAACGUAUAGCAGCCAGGCGUUUGCGUAUAAAUAAAAGAAUAGAAGCUUUAAAAAGAGACCCAAAUGAUCCUGGAGACAGUAAAGAAAUUAAAGAAGAAUUAAGUAAAAGUCGUAAACAGAUAGAGGAAAGUCGACUACGAUUAACAAAAUUACGUAAAGAUGGGUUUGAAUUGGUCAGUAAUAUCCGUGUGGCUGGUGAUGCAAGAGAAUCAAUCAGACGCGGAGAUGAAGAGGAAUCUAAACGAUUACGGAGAGAAAGAUUAGAACAAGAAGCUAAAUCAGGUGCUGAGAGAUUUGAGGAGAUCACCAAAAAAUGGGAGUCAGCUUUACAGAAAGAAGUUCCACAAUCCCUCCACGAAAUGUUAAUGCAGCAGAAAACAUCUUGUGAUUCCAUGAUUGAUGAAAAAAAUAAACUAAUCAACGACUUUCAAUUGGACCUCAAGAAUAAAGAUGAUUUGUAUGUUAAAGAUUUAAAAAAGAUGGCAGAGGAUGUAGAUUUGAUGAUAGAAAGAAUGAAUGAACAAAUAAAAAAUCUGAAGAAAGCACAGAGGGAGGAAUUAGAGCAGGAUGAGAGAGCUUUUGUGGCCGAAAGAAAUGAACUUCUAGAACAACAGAAGAAAAAAUGGGAUGAGAGAAUGACGUAUCGUCGUGACAAGGAGAUUGAAUAUAUGAAAAAUCGUGAGAAACGAGUGGAAGAAUAUGAACAAAUGCUUCAACAUCUACGGGUACAAGAUGCAGAGGAAUACAACAUGGUGAAAAUCAGACUAGAAACUGAUGUACAGAUUUUAGAACAACAGUUACAACAAAUGAGAGCAACUUAUCAAUUAAACCAGGAAAAACUAGAAUAUAACUUCCAAGUUCUUAAAAAACGAGAUGAAGAAAAUGCCAUCACUAAAGCUCAACAGAAAAGAAAAAUAACAAGAAUGCAGGAUGUAUUGAAUGGUUUAAGAAUUAAAUUAACUAAACAAGAGAAACAAUACCGAGAUGAAAACUCUCAAUUGACAGAAGAUUAUAAAAGAAUUGCAGAACAGUUUCGAGAUUUACAGAAAAAAUCGAAACAUUUUAUGGCAACAGACGCAAAGAAGUUUGCGGAUGUUUGGUGUAUGAAUGAAGAAGAAUGUAAAGAAAUAUUAAACUCUAUAUUACAAUGUGAUACAGUUGUACAUGAACAACAAUUAGGUCUACAGUGGGAAUCGCCAGACUUAGGUUUUGUAGAGAAUGUAGGACCAUUAAGAAUCCAUGAAGAAACAAAGAGUGGAGUAUCAGCAACACAAGUUUUACAUGAAGUCAUGUCACAGGCUGGAAGUCAAGCUAUAGAAGAAGUAGGAGAAGAAGGAGGAAAUGAUGAUAAACAAAGAACAAACAUAUUUACUAAAAUCUCAGCACAUACUGUUAAAAGUGUUCUAGAGCUACUGUGUGAUGAAUCAGGAUUUUUAGUGGAAAAGAAAUUAGAGAAACUUCUGCAACCAUUAGAAAAAGAUGAACAAUCACUGAUGAAACUUGAUGCCAUAUUUACUGCUCUAGGAGUUGAAACAGAAGAAGAUAUACACAAAUUAACAACUUACUUCAUGCAUCUUAUAGAAAGAAUGGAGAGAGCUGCUGAAGAAAAUAAAAAAGAUGAAGGCACAGAAAAAGAUGAAUUGGAGAAAACAUCAACAGAAGGGGUAGAAGAUGUAGAUGCAGAGAUACAGGAGUUAACGGGUGGUGGUGUAGACGAUGAGCCUCCUCGCGAGAAGACGACAAAAGAUUCGGUUCAUCUGAUUCAUCCUAACGAAGUUCUGAAAGCACUUCGGGCAUUUGUCGAUGAUCACAAAAAACCUACCAAAGAAAAGGGUCACAAAUCACAGUUCCGUAUUGCUACUCUAGAAUAUAGAGAUCCAUCGGAAGAUUCUGAAUAUUGGGCGAAAUAUACCAAUACUCAUAGUGGUGUAAAAGAAAGAGUUUGGGAUGGUUUGGUUGAGGGCCUUGAAAAAUACAGUGAAUGUUUACAGAGUCGAAGUAAUUUAAUUAAUGAAACUGAUGCAUUGAGACAACAGAAUGCUGAACUAAGAAUGUUAUUACAUCAGUAUGUUAAUUCUAAGGUGAACACAGAAUUAGAAAUUCCACCCACGCGAGUUUUACAGCUAGAGAUGAAUCCUCAGUAUUAGAUUAUUAUUGUGUAUUUUUAAUUGUAUUAAUUUAAAUGUUUUUAAUGUAUAUUUAAUUGUAUAGGCUGUGAUAAUGUUUUAAUUGUAUAAUAUUAUUUAUUUCAUCUAAAUAUCUCAAUAUUUUUCAAAUGCAAAUGCACAAAAUGUCAAUUUAAGUUUAUUCUCAAGAAGAAACUGUUUGAUAAUCCUUAGAAACAUUUAGUAAAUGUAUUGAGCAAUGCACUAUUAUACAUACUUAUGGAAGAAGAAUUACUUAUUUAUUUAGGCCUUGUUUCAAGGAGUAUUCUUUCAAUGUUUUCAAGCAAGUACUCUUUGAAACAUAACCCAAAUAAAUUAGUGAUUGUUUGGGUUUUUUCAUAAGUAUGUGUAAUAGUGUGUUAAACCAUUUCAUACUUGAUUGAACCAUUUCAAAUACAUAUUUUUAUUGUGAUCUGAUUUAACAUACAUGAAGAAUGAAUAAAUUUUAUCAUUCCACAUUAAACAAGUCUUAUUUUAUUAAAUAAAAAAAGAGAAAUGUGUAGAAAUGAACAGAAAGGGAUUAAAACAUGCAAAUAUUAACUUCCCCCACCCCCACCUCCAAAGCCCAAACAGCAAAUGACCCAAGUCGCUCUAGCAUUGACUAUUCAAUAU